CCUAUUGUCAGUGUCAGUUGCUCUACGAAGACUAAUUGUCAAAAUUUGUAAUUCGUAGGUUAGUUAGUUAUUUUGCAUAAAUAAAAUUAAAAAUUUAGUUUUUUUUUUUCGUGUAUAUAGCUUAUAAUCAAUAUUAAUAAUGGUAUCUUGUAAUAUCUUUUAUUUAUCAAUUUUACUUCUCUCUAUAAUUUCUAUACAAAAAAGUAACGCGGAAUUCUCGACAGAAGACUGUGCAGCACUUGGAUUUAUUAAAGCUAAUCUAUUAUGUUCUUCUUGUGAUCAACUCAAAGACUUCAGUUUAGACGAACUAGUAGUACAUUGUAAAGAAUGCUGCCAUAAAGACGUAACAGCCCCGAAGGAGAAAAAAUAUGCCCGUGCUGUACUCGAAGUUUGUACAUGCAAAUUUCCAGCAUAUCCACAAAUCCAAGCAUUUGUGAAAAGUGAUCGACCUGCUAAGUUUCCAAAUUUGCAAAUUAAGUAUGUUCGCGGUCUUGACCCCAUUAUUAAGUUGCUGGAUAAAGACGGCAUCGUAAGAGACACUGUUGCUAUUGAAAAAUGGAAUACGGACUCUGUGGAAGAAUUUUUGAGAACUCAUCUUGAUAAGGAAGAAGAUGAUGACCGUCAUUACUUGAAAACUAAUCAAAUUUAGAUACAUUUAUCCCUAAUUAAAUAAAUGUAAAAGAUAAUAAAAAGGUUUGUUUUAUUGCUAUA